AUGUCUUCCUUGAAGUCGCAGCAAUAUUCCAUCUUCUCAAUCCUCAGUCUGCUUUCCCUAAUUAUCCUAGGCUUCUACUUUAAGGAUGACGGCGAGAGUCAACCGCAAAGUUUGGCGCCACUGAGAAUCAGACAAUGGGCUCCUGCCGCCGACAGUAACGUCACCGCGGGUCACCUCUCCUCAAGGGCCGACGACCCUUACACUUGCGGGCCGGACCGGCCCUGUUCUAACGGCGCCUGCUGUGGGCCGUCUGGUAACUGCGGUUAUGCACCAGCCUACUGCGGCACGGGGUGCCUUUCCAAUUGUGACGCCAACGCUCCUUGCGGUCAAUAUGCUAAGGUCCCCGGCACGACAUGUCCGCUCAACGCUUGCUGCAGCGAACACGGCUUCUGCGGCACUACGGAAGAAUUUUGCCAAGCUGGUUGCCAGUCGAAUUGCAUUCUGGAGCCGCAGCCGCCUGCCGGGUCGCCCAAAAAUGCAUCCAUGGAUAUCUUGAUUGGAUACUACGAAUCGUGGAGCUACCGGUCAAAGUGCAACCAGAAGUCGCCAAGCGACUUGCCUCUGUCUGAGCUCACACACCUCAACUAUGCGUUCGCCUUCAUUGACCCAUCCUCUUACGAGUUGACGACCAUGGACAAAGAAACUUCUGAGGAUUUGUGGCAAAUCACUGUCGACGCGAAGAAGUACAACGUCAACCUCAAGGUGUACGUUGCUGUCGGAGGCUGGACGUUCUCUGAUAACGGGACUGUCACCCAGCCGCUACUUGGCGAGAUUGCGAGUACUGAAUCAAACCGCCAAAAUUUCGCCGACGGCGUUGUCAAAUUCCUUAACAAGUACGGAUUCGACGGUCUGGAUAUAGACUGGGAAUACCCAGGGGCUCCUGAUCGAGGUGGCAAGCCCGAAGACACGGCCAACUUUGUCCUGUUGAUGAAGACCCUACGGUUGACAUUUGAUGCCUCGCCGCGAAUGCUGGGCCUUACGUUUACCAUUCCUUCCUCGUUUUGGUAUCUAAGAUGGUUUGACUUGCCCGGUCUCCUGCAAUAUGCUGACUGGACCAACUUGAUGAGCUACGACCUCCACGGCACCUGGGAUCGUAAUAAUCCAAUCGGCGCCAUCGCCCAGGCCCAUACCAACAUCACAGAGAUCAACCUGGCUGUGCAGCUUCUCUGGCGCGUUGGGGUUCGACCUGACCAGGUAGUGAUCGGUUAUGGCUUCUAUGGGCGUUCUUUUGAACUUGCUGACCCCAGCUGCUCAACCCCUGGAUGUGCCUUUAGCGGCGGAGCCAAGGCAGGACCAUGUUCCAAUGAACCUGGAAUCCUGAUGUACUACGAAAUUCAGGCUAUCCUCAACCAGGUUCCAGACCUCAAGCCCGUGUUCGACCGAGAGGCUGCCGUCAAGUAUUUGACCUUUGACGAUAACCAAUGGAUCUCAUACGACGACGAGGAGACAUUCAAAGUCAAGAAGGCAUGGGCUAAUGACAUCGGCUUCGGCGGUAGCAUGAUAUGGGCUGUCGACACCGACGACGACAAGUUCACAGCCAUGACCGGGCUAGUGGGCCACCAGGUGUCUCACGUCAACACAGAAACCGUUUUGGCCCUGGCGCAAACAUCCGCCAACGUGGCUGGCUCUCUGCAGGGAGAAAAUGGGCAGGGAUGCAAGGUUCUCAAGGACUAUUCCUGCAAAGCGACAAGCGACCUGAGGUGCGCCAGCGGCGAGACUCUUGUGGGGUGGGACCGAGACGGCUGCGACGAUGACGAGGGGAAGCCUAUCUGCUGCCCCGGCGACACGGCGCCCAACAAGUGUGUAUGGCGAGGUAGUGGCAACGAUGGUGGCAUCUGGGGCGACUGCAACGGUCAGUGCCAUGCCGGCGAGGCAAGACUGCUGAACUCGCGAUGGGGAGGUGGACCCGAGAAAGAUAGGGAGUCCGACACUUACGUCUGCGCUCGGGGCGAGAAGGUCUUCUGCUGCGAGGCCGGAGACUGGAAGACGGUUAUCGAUGGCUGCCGCUGGACGCAGUGCCUCGACUCGAACGGCUGCACGUCGACUGAGACGGAGGUGGCGACGAAGAAGGGUGCCUGUCCGAUGAGUGCCGAGCUCAAGUACUGCUGCCCCCGUGACACGCCGCUGCACGAUUGUACGUGGCGCGGUAGCGCCCCGGAGUGCGUGGAUUCUAACUGCAAGAUGAAGGAUGAUGACGGGAAGGAAUUGAACGAGGUCCAGGUCGACGCUCACGCCGGCGGCAGCUCCUGGAAUCUCUGCAGCUGGGAGAGGAAGAAGUCCCUGUGCUGCCAGGUCAGCAAGAAACUCCCGCCACCCCUGGUCUGCGACCUCACCACAUGCGACUUUGACCCUGAAUUUUGUGCCACCGACGACGACGGACAGGAUGACUUUGAUGUGAAGCGAAGGCAUUUGACCGCCUUGGAUCAAGGAGACGGCCUCUCCCUUCUCGAAAAGCGAGGCCCGCCAAGGCGGUUCAAAUGGUGGACUGUUAGCGAACAGCUCAUAGAACAGCUGUCCCUUACCUACAUCACAUUGCGGCAAUUGUGGAGGCGCUCGCAAAGCGAAACCACGGGCGUGCCAGACCGGUGGUUCGGCCAGCGCUCAGAGCAGUGUGAUAAUCCGCAGGUCGAACCGCGUGAAAUCGUGGUUGGGGAGGAUCACAGCAUGCCCUCGGAUAUUCAGGUCGAGCAUACACUGCCGGUUCUAAUUAAUAGUCGCUUUCCUGCGGUCGCCAACCAUGGCCGGCAUUGGGAACGCAGUCCCGCUGGCCAUAUCCGUGCCGAUGGCAGACGGGUCGGACAGGUAACGCCAGCGGGCCCGCAGACCAGAAACCCGGGCAUACGAGACGAAUUCUGGCAAAAUAUCUGGAACAACGCCCAGGGCCUGCCCGCCGGCUUGCCUCGCGUGACGCCCAACUCGCCGGAACUAAGACGGCCGGCGGACCGGGUAUAUGAGGCCUUAGGAUCCAGAGACAAUAUCGAACCCUUCACGUUCCUGGAGGCAGCCAUCAACAAGCGGAAAGGCGCAAUCGAGAUGUAUAGACGCCCCAUGGACCCAGUCGUACUAUUGACGCACCUGGCAGACGCGGUCAACGGGAACACGACGUCGGUGCAGAUCUUUAUGGCUCCGAUGCGCGAGACCAGGGGCGUGUUCCAGUACCUCCGAGACGACCAGGUCGUGACGCAGCUGGACGCCACCGUCGCUGCUGUCUACGAGCAGCUCCAGGUCAUCGAGGCCAAUAGCCUGGAAGCGGCGGGACUGUCGGCGCACUGGAGCGAGUUCUACCCAUACUACUUCAGUCAGGUGUCCCUGUUCGCACGCCAAUGGGCCUCGGAACAGAUUUCAGAGAUUCGAAGGCAAUAUAACGCCAAUCCACUCGCAGCAAAUCACGACGAGGUGCUCAAGGAGCUAAAAGAGCUCGAGGACAGCUUGACUGAAUGGAAGUACAAAUUUGAGGACUAG